UUCACUUAAUUAUACACUUUUCCAUCAUGUAAUAGGUUUUGUUUCAGAUGUAUAUUUACAAAUUACUAAAAGAAAUUAGAUUCUAGGUCAAAUUGUAAUUAAAAUUCGAUGCACCGGUCAAAUACUUCAGUAAUUACAUGUAUAGAGUUACAAAAGGUUAUCAAUGCUGCGAACGAUUGCGACGGUGUCAAAAGGCCCUGAUUGCUCUUGAAUAAUGAAGGCUAAAGCUUGGGUUAUUACUGUAACUAAUACACAUUGUUCCGUUCACACCGUCUCCAACUCUAAACACACCACACCAAAGCACACGUCAGAGAUUUAACAUGGUGUAAGGUUUUCCCUGAGCUUUCUAUUGAGGUCUGAACUAAACUGACCUGAACAUGCUGAACUGUAAGACUACACGUCCUGCUUCUGCAUCCUUCAAUUAAAUAUUCAGUGUGUGCCGAGUGCUUUUGUUUCCGCAGUGAUGCAGGAUAAAUCAAGUUCAAGUCUUAGACGGUCCAGGUGCAGUCUGUGUGCGAGAUGUAGAUCAGAAUUAAGCAAAUACCUGCAUUUAAUUCAGGUGUAGUAACGUUUUGGAAUCUGGUGUAGUUUAUAUACAUAUGUAGAUGGGAUUAUCCUGGUUAUAAUGUACUACUAUUUAUGAUCAAGCCAUGUUUCUAAUGGAUCGGUGACUUCGUUUUCUUCUCUUGAUUUAUGGAGUUUGAGUUCAACCUGGCGGUUCUGGAUGAGUAGGGUGGUCUUUUUGGUCUAUAGCAUCUUUUUUUGAAUGGAGUCUCUGUAAGCCAUGGUGAUGGUGCUCUCCAUCCUAUUCUUCCCAGUCUUUUUCUUCAUGGCUUUGGGCUCGAAGCUCUGUCCUCACCAAUGCUCUUGUUAUGAAGCAUCAGAGCUGGUGGACUGUCGAUCUCGAGGGUUUUCCCACAUCCCUCACAACAUUCCUCACGGCACGUGGCUCCUGGAUCUCAGCGGGAACAAGUUGUCGGAGUUGGGGAGCACCUCUUUUAUUGGGAUAUGGGCUCUGAGGGUACUCCUGCUGUCACAGAGCAACAUUCGAGUGGUGCAUGAUCAGGCUCUUUCCUCUCUGAACUUCCUAGAAAAGUUGGAUCUGUCUUACAACAAUCUCCGUGUCCUUCCACCAGAGUUCUCUCAUGGUCUGACCUCCAUUAAAGACCUCAAGAUGUCUCACAACUCUCUGGAGCGUCUCGAGAAACACUCCCUGAAGGAGCUCGAAAGUCUGGAGCGCUUGGAUCUCAGUCACAACCACAUCCAGAUCAUUGAAGUGGGUGCGUUUCGUGGACUCACCAUGCUACGCCAUCUGAAUCUAGCCUGGAAUCAGCUGUCGGUUCUCCAAGGAGGACUCCUGACCAUGCAGCAGGGUCUAAGCCUUCUUAUACUAGCCCACAAUAACAUCUCCAGGAUCGACGCAGAAGCUCUGGCUCCACUUCAGACUCUUACCAUCCUGAAUUUAGAAGCAAAUCAAUUAAGGAGCUUGAAGUUCAAGACUUUCCUAAACCUUCAGACGCCUAGCACGCAUCUGCAGAUGUCGGAAAACCCCUGGAUUUGUGACUGCGAGCUGCAUCGGGUGUUCAGUAAGAUACUACGCGUCAAGCACCUCCAUGUUGACGAUUAUAUGAAUAUUACAUGCCAUUCGCCGCUGUUGUUGGCUGGAGCGUCUUUGGGUUUGAUGCACAGUCAGCUGUGUGUCGCGGAAACAGCCACGGUGUUGGUGAUCACCGGGACUGUGAUGGUCACUGUGGUGGCGGCGCUGGUUAUGGCGGAACGCAAGCGGAAGAAGCAGAAGAUGAACGUGGAAAGGCAAGGAAGUGAUCCCAUGCCUUGGGAGGCCCGUAAAUGAAGAACGCAGGAGACAAAGUGUGUUGUUCUUACAAAGUGACUGCUUACUGUGCAUCUGGAAAGUAUUCAUAGCGCUUCACUUUUUCCACAUUUGUUUAUGUUACAGACUUAUUGCAAAAUGAAUUAAAUGAAUUUAUUUCCUCAAUAUUUUACACACAAUACAAAAUACGAGUUUUUGAAAUUGUUGCUAAUUUAUUAAAAAUA